UGGAGAAGGUGAACAUAAGAUAAUGGAUUUUAUACGUAGUGAAAGAAGUCGUUCUGAUUAUGACGCUAACACAAGACAUUGCCUCUAUGGUCUUGAUGCAGAUUUGAUAAUGCUGGGAAUAUGUUCACAUGAGCCUCAUUUUGCUUUACUGCGGGAAGAAGUGAAAUUCGGAAGACAAAGGAAUCAUAAUGGGAAACAUAAAACGGGAGUAAACGAAAUAACAUUCCAUUUAUUGCAUCUUUCAUUGCUUCGAGAAUAUCUUUCAUGGGAAUUUCAUUCAUUGAAGGAAAAACUGCCAUUUGAAUACGAUUUGGAGUCAGUGAUUGAUGACUGGGUACUCAUGGGUUUUCUUGUUGGUAAUGAUUUUAUUCCUCACCUCCCUCAUGUUCAUAUUCAUGAAGAUGCUUUACCGCUUCUUUACGCUACUUAUAACGAAGUACUACCUCAGUUGGAUGGUUAUAUCAAUGAAGCGGGUGUUUUAAAUUUGAAGCGUUUUGAAAUUUUCUUAAAAAAUUUUGCAAAAAAUGAUAGGAAAAAUUUUAUCGAACAAAUGGAUGAUGAAGCAUAUCUCAGUUCGAAAAGAAUAUCCAAUGCUUGGAAAAAAGGCCCUAAUGAUCAGCAAAACUGUGAUGAGGACUUGGAGCCGUUCGACCUUUCUGAUGCUGAAAAAACUGAAAUUACUGAAAAAGAUUCUCGUAAAGGAGCAUUUGAUUCGGACAGUAAUGCUUCUGACGAAUGUGAAGAGAUUGCCGGUCCAAGGAUUUUAACCGCUGCUAAAAGAAUGACUCAUGGAUAUUUUGGUUUGGACAAAGAUUCCGAUAACGACCUGCCUAUUGCUCUGUUAGAUGACGAAAGCUAUGAAAAUGAUUAUGAUCAGUCAUCUUGGACUCCAGUGGUUAGUCGGGCCUUCAAGAAUCACAAGCGUGAUUAUUAUAACGAUAAGAUGAAGUAUAGUAACAUAAGUAAAGAAGAACUACGUGAACAAGCGGAAGGAUACAUUCGUGCAAUUCAAUGGAAUUUGCAUUACUACUAUCAUGGAUGUUGUAGUUGGAGUUGGUUUUAUCCACAUCAUUAUGCUCCUUACAUAUCGGACGUUUCGGAUUUUGCUGAAAUGGAAAUGAAUUUUGAUUUAAGUGAACCAUUUAAGCCAUUUGAGCAAUUAUUGGCUGUAUUACCUGCAGCUAGUGCUGAUUGUUUGCCACUUCCUUAUCGAGAGCUUAUGAGUGAUCCAAAAAGUCCAAUUAUUGACUUUUAUCCGGAGCAAUUCGACACUGAUUUGAAUGGCAAAAAGAAUGAUUGGGAAGCGGUUGUUCUGAUACCGUUUAUUAGGGAAGAUCGCCUUCUGCAAGCCAUGGCUAUCAAGGAUCCUUUAUUAACUGAUGAGGAACGAAAGAGAAACCUACAUGGUCCUCAUCUGCUGUUUAGUUAUGACCCCUCAUCAUCACACAUUCUGAAAUCUACAUUCCCUGAUACUUUUCCUGAUAUUCAGGAAUGCACUGUAAAAAUAGACGAAGUAGGAAUGAAUCAAUUUCGCAUAUCACGUAAUCAAAUAGUGCAUGGUUUGUUACCUGGAGUUAAGCUUGGUGUUAUAUUUCCUGGCUUCCCCACGCUGAAACAUAUACCUCAUAUUGCUGAGCUUCAUUUUGCGGACAUCAGAGUCUUCCAGCAGCCAUCUAAAAAGCAAUCGAUGAUUCUAAGAAUUACAAAGAGGCCAGAACUCGAAAAGGAUAUGAUGGCGAUAGCAUUUGAUUUAGUUGGAACAGAAGUACAUGUGAAUUGGCCUGUGCUUCAGAAGGCUUGGGUGCAGGAAAUAUGGACUGACCAUGAAAAAUAUAUCAAAACCAGUGACGAAAAAAUUAUUUGCGACAGUCUGUCGGAAGAAGAACAAAAUGUGUAUAGUGGUUAUGUCAGUAUAACUCGAAGAAAUGAGUUCGAAAGGCGAGGUAUUGAUGCUGGUGAACAGAAAGGUUUGGCUUUAGUUCAAGUAGCACAAGGAUCGCGGAAAUGUUUCGAAGAACAAAAAGUCGUAAUUAAGCGAUCUUAUGUUGAUAUUAACAAUGCUAUUCCUGUGUCGCUUUCCCUUGUGGUACAGAAUGCACUGGAAGAUUGGGAUUCUGCAUGUUCCUUUGAGGAUUUAUAUCCAAUGAAUGCCCAAAUUUUCAUUUCUUCGGUUGAAAGUAAAUAUUAUGGUUUUUGUGGAUUUAUCAAGGAAAAUCAUCUAGCAACGAAAGGAACACUUACUGUUUCGUGUAAAAUCCCAUUAACGGUGGAUAUGAGCUUCUGUGAUAUUUUAGCAAAUUAUGACAAUUAUGCCUUGAAAUGGUACAGCAUAUAUGAAGUAGCAAGGUCUUUGCGUACCACCGUUGAUGUUAUUGGUCGCAUCACUGGUUGUGUUUAUGUUUCACUGAAUGAAUCCGAUUCAAUAUCAUCAAGAAAUGUUCCGCUGAAUAAAAUCAAUAUUGGUCUUGGAUUGAAAUUUACAAAAAGGAAUCAAAUUGUGCCAGAUUUCACACGUCGUUCAUCGGAAGGACAUUGCUUGUAUUCGUCAAGAGCGUUCGAUAUGAUUCGAAAUUAUAAAAUGAAAUAUCCCCGAGUAUUCACACAUCUUGAGGAACUGAAUAACUUCCAAGGACAUAUCAAACAGAUAUUCCCGGGACUUGAUGGAAAAGAAUUAAAUGCAAAACUUGAAGAAUUGAAAAACUUUUUACACACUGUUGUGCCAAAAGAUUCUCUGGAAUCAGCUGACAGUACUUUUGUGGACUCUGGCGUUUUGAAGGAAGUCGAAAAACGAACACAGAUCGUUAUCUCCAAAAGCACACUAAAACAAACUUGCAAACGACUUGCGGUUAAACCCCGUGCUAUUUUUAUGACAGAACUGUGUAAAGGAGAUAUCAUGCCGGAUCCAGGAACUGAAUUUCGUUUACUGGAUCGAGUUAUUUGCGUGAAGAAGCUCCAUAUAGCACCAUUUGGCGAAUUUGGUACUGUUAUUGGACUGCUUAAUACAGGAUCGGGGCAGAAAAUCGAUGUAUUGUUUGACAAACCAUAUUUUGGAGGCAAGAUUAUGCGAAGUGGUAAGGCAAGUGGAGCUCGACUGCCGAUAUCUUCAGUGAUUAACAUAACACAUGGGAAACGAAUGCGAAAGGAAAUCCCAGUCGUUGAGCAUACUGUAAGCCCAGUUACAGCUAAACGUAAACCAGUGAAUUUUCCACAUAACACAUGCCUGAAUAAAAGUGGAUUUCAUCAGCAGAUUCCAUUUGGAGCUCCUAGAACUGCUCCUAGAAAUAAAAUAUCCAAACCGGGAACUGGCUUAGAAGAAGAAAGAAAAACAUUUGGAAGCAAAUCGAGUCCGAAUGUAGUUCGACGUACACAAGAAAUGCGAGACGAGAUGAGUUUUGGGAAGACAGGAGCUAAUAACAAGGUAGUAAAAAGUGGUGGUAUUAGCGGAAUUCCUUUAUGCAGUGGUUUUAAUCCACAUCAAGAAUAUGCUUUGCCAGAAGGAGUUUUUGGGUUGCAGUCUAAAGGGCAAAGCUCAGCUUUUAAAAAUCCGACAUUCGAUAGAUUAUCACGAGAUCACGACAAAAUGUGGAGGUCGUCGAGACAAUCAGAAUUCACUGUUAGUAGAAAUGCAGAUUACGGACAGGCUGGAUUAAGUGGUGCCAGGAAUGUCAUUUCUAAACAACCUGGUUUUGAUAAAAAUAUCGGCAGUCAGUUUACAGGAGGAAUAGCAGUUCGUGAUGCUGGUGAAGAAAUGAAAAGCCACAAACUGCGUCAUGGAUAUCCACGAGCAUGGUUUGGAUGUCAGUCCGUGAAAGCCAAAGAUUAUCUUCCAUGUUCUCUUGAAGGAGCCUCUACAGAGCAGUCUAGCUCUAAAUCCACUCGGAUUCAGAAGCGAAUGCCACAAGAAAAAAGACCAAGACUUCAUCGCCUGCGCGAAUUACUCUACUUAAAAAAGCAAUUCGCGGGAUGUGGGAGAGGUUAGUGCCACUGAAACUGCUACUGAACGAGAAGAAUCAGAAAAAAUGGUGAGAUCCGGAAAUGGAAAGCAAGGGACAACUUUCUGGGAAAGUGGUAGUACUGUUGAAGAACUAACUGAACAGCUUAGUAAACAACGAUUGCAUACUUCAGGAGAAUCAAGUAAUACAGGUGGAUUGCCUGCAGCAUGUUUUUCGCCCGAAUCGAUUCCAAAUAGAAAAAUUCUGUUACGGAAACCUGAACAGGAGGACUAUAUACAAAGACACGAUACUCCUGUUAUUUCUGCAGGAUCAGCUACACCAGGUGAUGCAAAGGAAGCAAGUAGACCUGAAAGCCAUCCAGAAGUGAAUUUGGAUAACAGGAAUUGUUCCGCUCUAAGUACGCCGAAUUCUACCUCAACUUCAGACAUUCCCAGAACGAGCAGAAGAAAGCCUCGAAAAUCUCGUGUAGCUGCAAAUUUGGGGAUACAAAAAUAAGGCAGUUAUAAGAAGUAAAUUUCUUGUGAAUCAUUUAUUGUUCCAAUUGUAAAAUGAAGGGAAAAUCAGUUGCCACAAUCGAUAGAUGAUUAUAUUCAAAUCUUUACCUUAUUUUGAGAAUAAUUGUACCAGUUUCAUGUCAUAUUAGUAGGAUAACAGUUGAUUGAUAGUUUACUGUCAGCAGGAUGACAAAGAAGAUACUUGUGGCGGCGUAUUUUUUUUUUUUUUAUAUUUUUUUUUUACUCUGUAAUACUGUACUGACCUUGUAUUACUUUGUUGUGUUCAUACAUGCAUGGCAAAACGUAGUCGAAAUGAGUGUUGUUAAAAAGGCUAUAACCGUUAUGGUCUCAAUAAGAUUUCUUCUUGCCGUACAAAUUUUAUGCAAGGCUUUGUUAUGAAAAUAUAUUCCCUAUGAGGGAAUUCAUGUUUCAUUUUGUAACUUACUUUCUGUGUCUGCAUUGCAAGAAACAAUAUUACAUUGUUCCAUCCUGAUCAAAUCAAUAAAUUUCGCGAUC